ACCAACAAAUCCAAUCUCUCCAAGCCAAAAUCCAGGAACUAGAAAAAAAAUUAGAGGACUAUUCCCAAGGCGGAAUCAAAAUCCUCUUCUCCGGCAAAGCCAACGCCCAAAAAAUAGCCCGCAAAGUAAAACCCAGAACUCUAAAAGAAAUCCCAGAAUUAAGCCUUGGUAAUGAGGAGCAAAAAUCCAAAAACCUAGUAAUUGAAGGCGAUAAUUUACUAGCCAUGGCAACAUUAUACCAAUAUCACGGUAAAAUUGACCUCAUAAUUGCUGACCCUCCUUAUAAUACGGGCAAAGAUUUUCACCCGAAUGACCCAGGAUUAGGUGAUUAUGUGAAAGCCGAUGACCCUUCUCGGCAUACGAAUGGAGUUUUAGCAAUUUGUAUUGAUGAAAGAGAAUUAUUUAGAUUAGGAAUGAUGCUGGACGAAGCUUAUGCUCCUAAAACAACUUCUCAUGUCUCGGCAGCAACGGAAUAUGUAUUAAUCUAUGCUAAAAAUAUUCAAAAAUCUACUACUGGAAAAGCGGAAUACACGGAAGUUCAAGAAGAGCGUUUUUCUAAUCCUGAUAAUGACCCCAAAGGCCCUUGGCGCUCAGAAUACGAGGAAAAAGAAUUAAAUGAUGGUUGCGUUCCUGGAUUAAUUUUAAAAGGAUUUGACUUAAAUAAUUUACAAAAUCCGGAAAAAGACCCAAUUUUUCAACAAGCAAAAUGA